GCGCGCGGUCCGGGACGGACGGGGUCGUGGGGCACGCGGGGGACGCGGGGGACGCGGGGGACGGCGGGGGACAGCAGGGGGCUGCGGGGCCGCGUCCUGGCCGCCGAGGAGCUGCUUCCCGUAACAGAGCCGAGAAGAGAGGCGUCUGGAGCUGCAGCAUGGACCAGCGAGAGCCCCCGCGUCCCGCUCCUGCAGAAAAUGAAAUGAAAUAUGAUACCAAUAAUAAUGAAGAGGAAGAGGGAGAACAGUUUGAUUUUGACAGUGGAGAUGAAAUCCCAGAAGCGGACAGACAGGCCCCCUCAGCCCCUGAGACAGGAGGUGCUGGAGCCAGUGAAGCCCCUGUACCCACAGGAGGUGAGGAUGGAGCCGGAGCAGAAACCACCCCAGCGGUAGAGCCCGCUAAGCUGGUGCUCCCGAUGAAAGUCAACCCAUAUUCUGUCAUCGACAUCACGCCGUUCCAGGAGGACCAGCCGCCUGCCCCUGCGCCCAGCACUGAGGAGGAGAGUGUGGGUCUCCAUGUGCCCUGCGGGUACUCGGUGCCUGUGCCCUGCGGCUAUGCGGUGCCCUCCAACCUGCCCCUCCUGCUGCCCGCCUACUCCAGCCCAGUCAUCAUCCGCGCCACGUCCCUGGAUGAAGAAGAAACAGCGGAAGUCAUGGAAGAUCGCCAGCCCAAUUCUCUGAGUUCCGAGGAGCCUCCAAACAGUGAAGAUCAAGUCAGUCGAGAGGACAGCGCACUGGCUCGCUGGGCCGCAGACCCGGCCAACACAGCCUGGAUGGAGAAUCCAGAAGAAGCAGUUUAUGAUGACGUUCCAAGGGAAAACUCGGACUCUGAACCAGAUGAAAUGAUUUAUGAUGAUGUUGAGAAUGGGGAUGAAGGUGGAAACAGCUCUUUGGAAUACGGAUGGAGUUCGAGUGAAUUUGAAAGUUACGAAGAGCAGAGUGACUCGGAGUGCAAGAAUGGGAUUCCCAGGUCCUUCCUGCGCAGCAACCACAAAAAGCAACUUUCUCAUGACCUAACCCGUUUAAAGGAGCACUAUGAGAAAAAGAUGAGAGAGUUGAUGGCAAGCACGGUGGGCGCGGUGGAGAUUCAGCAGCUCAGGCAGAAGCAUGAACUGAAGAUGCAGAAGCUCGUGAAGGCUGCGAAGGACGGCACCAAGGACGGGCUGGAGAGGACCAGGGCGGCUGUGAAGAGGGGCCGCUCCUUCAUCAGGACCAAGUCUCUCAUUGCACAGGAUCACAGAACUUCUCUUGAGGAAGAGCAGAAUCUGUUCAUUGAUGUUGACUGCAAGCACCCGGAAGCCAUCUUGACCCCGAUGCCCGAGGGUUUAUCUCAGCAGCAGGUUGUAAGAAGAUAUAUACUGGGUUCAGUUGUCGACAGUGAAAAGAACUACGUAGAUGCUCUUAAGAGGAUUUUGGAGCAAUAUGAGAAGCCGCUGUCUGAGAUGGAGCCAAAGUUUCUGAGCGAGAGGAAGCUGAAGACAGUGUUCUACCGAGUCAAAGAGAUCCUGCAGUGCCACUCGCUGUUUCAGAUCGCCCUGGCCAGCCGCGUUUCCGAGUGGGACUCUGUGGAAAUGAUCGGCGAUGUCUUCGUGGCUUCGUUUUCUAAGUCCAUGGUGCUGGAUGCAUACAGUGAAUAUGUGAACAAUUUCAGCACAGCCGUGGCCGUCCUCAAGAAAACAUGUGCCACAAAGCCCGCUUUUCUUGAAUUUUUAAAGCAGGAACAGGAGGCCAGUCCUGACCGAACCACGCUCUAUAGCCUGAUGAUGAAGCCCAUCCAGAGGUUCCCACAGUUCAUCCUCCUGCUCCAGGACAUGCUGAAGAACACUUCCAAAGGCCACCCCGACAGGCUGCCUCUUCAGAUGGCCCUGACAGAGCUCGAAACACUGGCAGAGAAGUUAAAUGAAAGAAAGAGAGAUGCUGAUCAACGCUGUGAAGUUAAGCAAAUAGCCAAAGCCAUAAACGAAAGAUACCUGAACAAGCUUCUCAGCAGUGGAAGCCGAUACCUCAUUCGAUCUGAUGAUAUGAUAGAAACAGUUUACAACGACAGAGGAGAGAUUGUUAAAACCAAAGAACGCCGAGUCUUCAUGUUAAAUGAUGUGUUAAUGUGUGCCACCGUCAGCUCACGCACCUCUCAUGACAGCCGUGUGAUGAGCAGCCAGAGGUACUUGCUAAAGUGGAGCGUUCCGCUGGGACACGUGGACGCCAUCGAGUAUGGCAGCAGCCCAGGCGCGGGCGAGCACAGCAGGCACCUUGCCGUUCACCCGCCUGAGAGCCUGGCCGUGGUUGCGAACGCGAAGCCAAACAAAGUUUACAUGGGACCAGGACAACUGUAUCAAGAUUUACAAAACUUGUUGCAUGACUUAAAUGUAAUUGGUCAAAUCACUCAACUGAUAGGAAACCUUAAAGGAAACUAUCAGAACUUAAACCAGUCAGUAGCCCAUGACUGGACAUCAGGUUUACAAAGGCUUAUUUUGAAGAAAGAAGAUGAAAUCAGAGCUGCGGACUGCUGCAGAAUUCAGUUACAGCUCCCGGGGAAGCAGGACAAAUCUGGGCGACCGACAUUCUUUACAGCUGUGUUCAAUACGUUCACCCCUGCCAUCAAGGAGUCCUGGGUCAACAGCUUACAGAUGGCCAAGCUUGCCCUGGAAGAGGAGAACCACAUGGGCUGGUUCUGUGUGGAAGAUGAUGGGAAUCACAUUAAAAAGGAGAAGCAUCCUCUCCUUGUCGGACAUAUGCCCGUGAUGGUGGCCAAGCAGCAGGAGUUCAAGAUUGAAUGUGCUGCUUAUAAUCCUGAACCUUACCUAAACAAUGAAAGCCAGCCAGAUUCAUUUUCCACGGCACAUGGUUUCCUGUGGAUCGGAAGUUGCACCCAUCAAAUGGGUCAGAUCGCCAUCGUCUCAUUUCAAAAUUCCACCCCCAAAGUCAUCGAGUGCUUCAAUGUGGAGUCUCGCAUCCUCUGCAUGCUGUACAUUCCCAUUGAGGAGAAGCGCAGAGAGCCCGGGGCACCCCUGGACCCCGAGACCUCCGCCAUGAGAGCUUCUGAGGUCCCCACGAUCUGUGUAGGGACGGAGGAGGGAAGCAUUUCCAUUUAUAAAAGCAGUCAAGGCUCCAAGAAAGUGAGACUUCAGCACUUUUUCACUCCCGAGAAGUCCACAGUCAUGAGCCUGGCUUGCACGUCUCAGAGCCUGUACGCUGGCCUGGUCAACGGGGCGGUCGCCAGCUACGCCAGGGCCCCAGAUGGAUCCUGGGAUUCAGAACCUCAAAAAGUGAUAAAGUUAGGCGUCCUGCCAGUUAGAAGUCUACUCAUGAUGGAAGACACGUUGUGGGCGGCUUCUGGAGGUCAAGUCUUCAUCAUCAGUGUGGAGACUCAUGCUAUAGAGGGCCAGCUGGAGGCCCACCAGGAGGAAGGCAUGCUGAUCGCCCACAUGGCCGUGGCCGGCGUCGGGAUCUGGAUUGCCUUCACCUCGGGGUCCACACUCCGCCUUUUUCACACGGAAACUCUCAAGCACCUGCAGGACAUCAACAUCGCCACCCCUGUUCACAACAUGCUGCCAGGGCACCAGCGGCUGUCGGUGACGAGCCUGCUCGUCUGCCACGGAUUGCUGAUGGUCGGCACCAGCCUGGGAGUCCUCGUGGCCCUGCCAGUCCCACGUCUGCAAGGGAUUCCCAAAGUGACCGGAAGGGGCAUGGUCUCCUACCAUGCACACAACGGUCCUGUCAAAUUCAUCAUCCUGGCCACGGCUCUGCACGAGAAAGACAAGGACAAACCCGGGGACAGCCUGGCUCCCGGCCCCGAGCCCCAGGACGAAGACCAGAAGGAUGCACUUCCCAGUGAAGGAACCGGUUCGUCCCUGAGCCAGGGUGACCCUGACACAGCCAUCUGGUUGGGAGAUUCGUUGGGAUCGAUGACUCAGAAAAGCGACAUGUCCUCCUCGUCUGGGUCCCUGAGCUUGUCUCACGGCUCCAGCUCUCUAGAGCACAGGUCAGAGGACAGCACCAUCUAUGACCUCCUGAAGGAUCCUGUCUCGCUGAGAAGCAAAGCACGCCGGGCCAAGAAAGCCAAGGCCAGCUCGGCGCUGGUGGUCUGUGGAGGGCAGGGCCACCGGCGGGUGCACAGGAAGGCCCGGCAGGCCCACCAGGAGGAGCCGGCGCCGUCCGUCAUGGUCUGGCAGAUCCCUCUGCUGAAUAUAUAAGCAGGACGGCCGCCUCCUGCUGUCAGAAUUUGCAAUCAAGGGUGACUUCUCAGCUAAUCCUACAGCCUGAGUGAUUAAGCUGUGUCUACACUGGUUGGGAAUAAAUUAAAAACAGUAUUUGGGGGAGAAACGUGCAAUAUCGUCAUGAUGGCGUUCCUGCCAAUUCCUUCCUUCUCUUCCGUACAGCAGAAGUAAUUACAAGCACUUCUAAUGAAGGCAGAAGAUUGAUGCAAUUUUCGAGUAAUUGAGUGCAGUUCUGGGAAAAUACCACAUUCUUUUUGACUGCUGUAGUCCAUAUAUAAAUACUAAAUGUUAAACUUCAUCAGUGCCAGACCUGUCAUAUCAUAUUACAGAAUUCGCAGACUAAGAAUUUAUGAGAAAAUAUGUGUAUUCAGUAGUGCAGGCAUUUAUUAACAAUUCUUAAAAUAAUUUUACCUGAUUCAGAUUCACGACUUUUAUUUAUAUUCUCUAUUUUUGAAUUUCAGAAUACAAUUUGUUAACAAUUUUAAAAGCCAGGUAACACCUACCAGUCCAGUUGGCAUGGUUUGCCUUCAGAAGUGAGCUGGGUUUCCAAAGUGGUAUAAUACGUGUACUGUAUAUUUUAACAAAGUAAUAUUGUUAUAUUGCAUUUUUCUAUUAAAAAAAUUAACAGUUAAUGUUUCAGUCAAUAUAUUAUCUGUAGCAUUUCACAAAUAAUGUGUGCUUUGAACCAAAAUGCUCAACAUUUGGACUCAAGCAUCAACACCAAAUUAUUCCUCCCUUCUCGUUUCAAUAGGGUGACUAUCCACAUGAGAAAUGUGUGUGCUUUAGUGUUAGAGGAGACAGGCAGAGAAGUCUUGCUUAGUUCCUUGGUGCGACUUCUUGCCCCUUUGACCUGGAACGCUGUGUCUGCUUUAGCACGCACGCUCCAAAUGACUCCUGGUGCUAGGCCGUGUUGGCUGCUGUCGCUGAGCGGGACUCAGGCCAAGAAGUGUGACCUCGGGCCAGCCUAUCUGUUGUGCGGACGCCUCCUCUGCAGAACGCAUCAGUUUCUAUUCCGCAGUCGCAGAGCCAAUCCCGCAUGACAAGGUGCAUAAUGAGUGCACACCAUCCUGUCAAGGUGCAUACUUAGUGAGCUCCAUCCUGCUCAACAUGUAUUUCAAUGUUUCACUUACUGGACGGAUAACAAGAAAAAAAUCCUAACCCAGGCAGUCACCAGAAAUAAAUGUCUCAGCACUUUACAGAUGACUAAAAAUGUUAAUUUUAUGACUUAGCCAAAUAUUUUCUAGGUUGCAUAUAUCCCCCAUGUGAAAGUGAUUUCUUCCCAAGCUUCUCAAACUGUUAGCUGCUGUCUGACUUCAUAAAUAAAGUAUUUUUAUUUU